AUGCCUAUCCCAUUGCCUACACCUGGUGCAAACAGCACAAUUAUGAUGACUGCUGCGGAUCUGCUUGCAUUCUGCCAACAGAUGAUGAUGGCCGCACGGCAGGAUUCUCCCAACAACAACAGUGGUACCCCUCUAGAUGACUUGAGGCAGGAGGUCCGUGAAUACCUGAAGGAGGUUAAGGUGUCAUUAGAUACAAAAUCUGUGACUACAUUCAAUGAAUCCAACUACCAGGCUACACAGUGCCUUAAGAUGGGACGUCCGUGGAAAAGGAGAAGUGGACAGUCUGUACAAAAGCCUUAUGCAUAG